AGAGCGGAAUCAUUCUGAAAAGCUUUUGAAGGUUGAACAUGUCUGGCAGAGGCAAGGGCGGUAAGGGCCUGGGGAAAGGAGGCGCCAAGCGCCACAGGAAGGUGCUGCGGGAUAACAUCCAGGGGAUCACCAAGCCCGCCAUCCGCCGCCUGGCACGCAGAGGGGGAGUCAAGCGCAUCUCCGGCCUCAUUUAUGAGGAGACUCGGGGGGUGCUGAAAGUUUUCCUGGAGAACGUUAUCCGGGACGCUGUCACCUACACCGAGCACGCCAAGAGGAAGACUGUUACCGCUAUGGAUGUGGUGUAUGCUCUCAAGCGCCAGGGCCGCACUCUCUACGGAUUCGGGGGUUAAACCCUCUUAUUCCCUCACAGCAUCAUUUCCCAAAGGCCCUUUUAAGGGCCCCCACUAUUUCAGGAAAAGGCUGUGUCUGUAUAUUAUCUGCUCCCUAUAAAUUGAU